AUGGAUACUACAGGCAUAUAUAUAAACAAGAAUGUACCUUAUCCAAACGAAGUCGAAUCACUAGAAAACAUGGAUUCGGAAAGAGAUAAACGUUUAACACAUAAACUAAAAGCAACUAGUUAUGGUGAUUGGCAAUUUAACAUUGGAAUAAUAAAUACAAAAGAUUUUGAAAAUAGAGAAAACCUAGAUAAUAUGUUUAUAGAAAAAAGUGAACAAACUAUUUCAAAAACAUGCAUAAAUGUUGAAAGAAUUUCUGUUCAAAAAGCUAUUAAAUUCUGUAAUAUUGAAUUUUCAUGUAAUAUGGAUUGGUAUUUAAAUAAUCAAGAUGCAGUCGAAAUAGAUUUAAAUCGUUAA